AUGUAUCCCGCAUCCAUGUACCUAUACGGCCUCCCACUUCGGUCGUAUAACGGGGUUAACGGCGAGAAGAUCGCCACAGCCUUAGCAGCAAUGAGCCAUUUCGCGAAUCCGCUGGCGACGCCUUCACAGCUCUACCAGCGCGCAUCCGCCUCAUCGCUGCCGCAAGAUCUCCAUGAGGCCAUCUUCGUUGCGACACAAUGCCUGACCCAAGCGGCCGGCCGGCUCUUGCAGCUGCCCCAGUCGGUAACGGCGCAGGCCAAUGUCCUGUUGGCGCGGUAUUGGGUGGUAGACUCGCCUAUGGCUCAUGAAUUCAGCGACGUAUCCGCUGCUACGAUAUACCUCGUCUCAAAGCUGGGGCCCAUUCCUCGUUCCCCACGGGAUGUCUCCAAUGUCUACGCGUAUCUAGCAUCUUCCAAUUCAGCACUUUUUUCUACAGACGAGCCACCAAAGAACGAUCCACGGGCAUAUUACCAAUCAGAAGCUGAUUAUUAUGCCUUCCAGCAGCGCAUGCUGAGCUUGGAAGCUCGUAUUCUUCAAUCGCUAUCGUUUGAUACUCACGUCGCUCUUCCACACCCGCUGGCUAUCACCUACCUUCAGACUCUGGACUUCCUGUCACAGCCACGAACAACCGUCUCUCUGCGCGUGAUUCAAUACCUCAAUACAUCUCUGCUAUCGCCACAGAUGCUCUACGUCACUCACCAGCCGCACGCUUUGGCCACGGCGGCGAUAUACAACGCGGCCCGCGAUUUGGGUGCCAAGAUGCCGGAGCAUGAGUGGUGGGAGGUAUUUGAUGUUGACCGAGAAGAGCUGGGCUUUUUGGUAGUUGCUAUGCGAAGCGUGGAAGGGUGGAUGCAGAAGCUCAAAGAUGAAAUUCCAACCUUUGGAAGCGAGAUGCUAAAGAGGGGCAUGAUUGAAGACGAGUUGAAGAAGAGAGGUCUACCUGUCGACGGCGGAGACAAGGCAGCCGUGGAUGAGGAAGAUGAAGUCAUGCGAAUGAUGGACAGUCGAUGA